CAAGACAACAAGAUGUAGCUUGCAGCCAUGCCUCUUCCUUGAGCGGCAAGAGGUGGUCAAUUAUGGCCCUUCACAAUGCUCUCGUAGAAUAAGGCUUUGAGUUGCUGCAAACUGUUGCGAGUCACUCACGGGCAUCGGCAUCAUGCACCCUCCAAACGAGUUGCACAGUGAGGAUCUGGAUUUGGAGAGAGAAUGGGACGAAUGCAUGGAGGGCAUGUUGAAUCAGCGGAAUGCAGAACACUCUGUGGUCGUUGUGACAAUGAAUUUGCGACGCUAUGCAUCUGUCCCCAGGGACUGGCAGGCAGUGCACCGAGAACUGUCCAGGAUUUUGGUGGAUGUGCCAGACGUUAUUUGCCUCCAAGAGGGAUUGGAAGGCAUGGAUAUUCUAUCGCAGGUUGGCUACAAACGGAUUGCAUCUUCAGUUCUCCGGGCCCAAGCGCUGCGAGAUGCGGUCUAUGGGUCGGCUGUUGAAUUGAACACUUGCAGCAGCUCUUCCCACGGUAGGUUGUUGGUUAAUGAGCUGUACAUCAAGUCCGUUGGAUCCAAGUGGGAGGCGAUAGACAGCGGUGCUGCCCAGAUAUCCUCGGACUUGAUACUUGAAAUGGAAGGACAUGAGGAACGAGAGGGCUGUGGCGCUUGGCCUCUUGCUAGUCGAUGCGUGGUUUGGACCAAACUCCGACAUUGUCAGAAACCUGCUGGGCCCUUUGUGUAUGUGCUCAAUACGCAGCUCUCUGGUGGUCGCGUAGAAGAUCCUCAUUUCUUGGUGCUGGCAGAGGAACGCGCAAUGCAAAUGCAGAGAUUGCUCGAGCUCUUCGACUCUCACCUGGGGGUUGCUGGGGGAGAUCUGGGGAUUCUAGCUGGUAGCCUCGGAGCACAUCCCAAGGACAUUGGGCCCGUUCUUGUUCCAGAUGCAUCGAAUUCUGGUUUUCAUACAGACGAGCUUCGUAAACGGUUCCAGGACUACUUGGCUUCUCCUUUCAAUGUCCUGGCAGAUCACCGGUGGAAACUCGCAUAUGACCACUUCCAGGUUGGAUCUACCUCUCCUGAGGGACGGCUGGUUGACCAUAUGGCAACGAACUAUGAAACGCCAGUGCAAGCUGAGGUCUUGUCUUCAGGAUCGCACAUGUGUCUGUCCGAUAAUGAUUUCGUGAAGGCAAAAUUCAGUGUCCAAUUUCAGCAGGUCCAGGAGAGUCGCAGGGUUCCUUUACACUCGGCUGUCCGUGAACGUCGCGUUGAUGCCAUGGUGCAAGGCUUAAAAUCAGCUCAGUGGAUGAAGAAUGGAGCUUUGGCUGCUGCAGCGAAGGCGGGCGCCAACCAGAGAAUGCGCUUGCGCUGUGAACAGGAGGACCUGAGACGUCAGCUGCAAACUGAAAAGCACGCAGCAGAUGAGCUUCAGACUGAACUCACCAGCGAGAUGCGCGAACUUCGUGAUCGGUGCCAUGAACAGGGCCAGACCGUUGGGCUAUUGACGCAGCGCCUUGCUGAUGCAAGGAGCGCUAUUGCUGCUGAGCUUCAGGACGCAGCAACAGAGCGUGCAGCCCUACGAGGCGAACUCAUGAGCGAAGAAUCCCAGCGUCAAAAACUGCAGGCAACUUUGAUGCAUGAGGAAGCCGAAGCAAGUUCCCGUGUUGAGGCAGCUGAUCAGCAAUUGGCAUCCAUGGUUGCUGUUCGAGAUUCUCUGCAGGCCCAGCUACAGUCAGCGCUGAAAGUCCAGGCUGAGCUGCGUGAACACAUAGCUGCUGAGCGGGAAGGUCGAGCAGAAUUGGAGGUGGCUGGUGAGAGGGAGCUGCUGGCAUGGGAACGAAUCAAGGAGAGCUCUGUAGCUUCUCCCAGCCAGAUGCAAAGCGUUCAUGACGAGCAGUCCAGAUUGCGGCAGCAUUUGAAUGCAGAGGCCGCCAUUUGCCAGCAGGAGGCGGAGGCGUUCCGCCACAGCCUGCAAGAAGUCACGGAGGAAAUCCAGGAAAACUCUGACAACAAGCAGCGUGCCAUGGCAGCCUUGGGAGCUGUUGGGUGCGAGUGGCCGGUGCUGCAGGAAGAAGCUGCAGAGGCGGUGGAGCGUGCAAGUGCAAAGGAAGCUGAGGUGGAAGGAGUUAGGAGGCGAACUAGAGACUUUGAAAAGCAGCUGGAGCGUCUGAGAGAGGACAUCCUUCAGUGUCGACAGGACAACAUUGCUUUGGAGUUGAAAAAAGAGAGAGAUCUUCUGAAUGAAGAGGUGCACACUGAAGCCUUACGCCAAGAAGAACUCCUUAUGGAGUUGGAUGCUGCAAGGCGAUCACGAAGCAUUUUUCAAUGCCUUUUUCCUCGCAGUCAGCCUCCGCCUCCUCCGAGCACGCCUCCUCCACAAAGGACAAAGCCACCCCCACCGCAACUGCCGAGGACAGGCACGUCACAGCCUGGCCUCGAACGGGCUCCUACAUCUGCGGCGCCUAUGCAGCAAGUGCCAAGUCUAAGACGUGCUGAGGUCCAGAACAUGCCUGCGUCUUCCAGCGAAGAAACCUCAAGUGACGACUCAGACUCAGCAGAGGAAAAACUUCGUCGCCCACCAGCCCGCACUCGACCUCAGGGUGAGCCAGACUUCAUUGAAAGUGAUGAAGUGUAAUGCCACCUAUGGUGGAAUCAGUUUCCAACAGGCUGCAGUGCCUGAUAGCACAUUCAACUGUUCUCAUGGGCAGAAUGUUUCCAUCCCCUUAUCGGGAUUUGUCCAGCAAACUUUGGCUAACUUUUGUUUGGCCACUCUCUCAAUGUAACAUGUAAAGAAGUGGCCGCGUGGCCCUAAUUCGCAAGCAAAUUGAAUGUGCCAAGAAAAA